AUGCAURAGCAGAGAKUUGCWKCACYGGAGCAUCGCAGCAAUGCAUVAGCAGAGAUUUGCAGCACCGGAGCAUCGCAGCAAUGCAUAAGCAGAGAUUUGCAGCACCGGAGCAUCGCAGCAAUGCAUGAGCAGAGAUUUGCAGCACUGGAGCAUCGCAGCAAUGCAUCAGCAGAGAUUCACAGCACCGGAACAUCACAGCAAUACAUCAGCAGAGAUUCGCAGCAUCAAAGCAUCAUAGCAAUGCAUCAGCAAAGAUUUGCAGCACCAGUACACCACAGCAAUGCAUCAGCAGAGAUUGUUCUUGUUGUUGUUGGGAGUUCUAGUUUCCCCUUCUCCUUCCAGCUGUCUGGCUUAUGGUUUCCAGUCUCGGCCGUGGAAAAAACAGGCAGUUUGCAGCACUUCUCUGACCCGCCCAUGAUUGUCCAUGCCGGGAGAAACGGGAGGAUGGUUUGGCACGUGGACCUCCCCAUAAAUGAAUGGAACUGCCGGAGGUCGAAGUAUCGCAUGCCGCAGAUGGAGAGACCGGGGAUAUACGGGCUGGAGGGGGUGUUGGUCCGCCAUGUUGUUGAAACGGACUACAGCAGUUAUUUCAUCCUGCACCGAGCAUACACCAAUGUCAGGGUUCUGAAAUUGUACGCCCGGGAACGGAACCCUUCCGAAGAAAUCAGAGGGAAAUUCAAGGCCCGCGCCACAUCUUUGGGGUUUCCUGCGGACAAAAUCCAUCCUAUGCGCAUCAUAGAGCCCUGCCCAGGGACAGAGAUUGCCUGGCUAAUUCAACGCUUCGUCCCUGAAAAGCUGGAGUCGCACCCCAGGCAUUGCGAGGAGUAA